AUGAGCAGCGUUGAGCCUUUCCGUCGGCUGGUGAAGUUAGUGGCUCGUGCAUUUUACGACGACGAUGUAACAGAUGAGAAAGACAAAGAUAAAGACAAGGAGAAGGAGAAGGAGAAAGAGAAGGAGAAGGAGAAGGGCGCCAGUCGCAAGGCAGAGCGGAUAUGCGGAGGGGAGACCAAGGGACUAACUAUAGUCGUCCUCGAUGCCCUUACAAGGCGGCAGUGGAUGAGAGAGGAGGAGUUGGCACGGCAGCUGCAUCUGCACCCGAAGCAGCUGAGGCGGACAUUGAAGAUGCUGGAGGAGGAAUUGAUGAUCGUGCGCGAGCACAGGAAGGAGAACACUCGAGCGGCCAAGAAACAGAAGCAGGAGGGGGAGGAGGGGGGAAAGGAAGGGGAGGCGGAAAACGAGGGGUCGAAAUGGGAAGGGAAUCCGGGGCAGAAGCUGAAGCAGCACUCUCACUCCUACUGCUGCCUGCACUACCCCCAGAUCUACGAUGUGGUGAGGUAUCGCAUUCACCGGGCGAAGAAAGCUAUUAAGGACGAAUUGGAUAGCCGCAAGGAGGUCAUGUACCUGCUGUGCCCCAACCCGCACUGCAAGGCCCGGUACUCCACACUGGACACAGAUAGACUGAUAGACCCAGUGGACUUCAAUCUCAAGUGCGAGCGCUGCCACUCAGAGCUGGAGGCGGAAUCGGACAUGCUGGGAGGGGGAGGCGGAGGGGGAGGGGUGGAUGGGGAGGAUAACACGAGGAAGAAGAAGAAAGAGGCGCUUCAAAACAUGCUGGCUAGAUUCGAGCGCCAACUGAAACCUCUCAUGGAGCAGAUAGUGAAGGUGAAGGACCUCACGCCCCCUUACUUUAGCUCUCUGUCUGAGUGGGAACCCAAGGCUCAUCAGAUAGUGAAGGUGAAGGACCUCACACCGCCCUACUUCGGGUCUCUAUCCGAGUGGGAGGCCAAGGCGUCGCCAGCACAGAGGGCAGCCGCAGUGGGGGGGGAGAUUCCCAAGGCCCUCCCCCGUCUGGCAGGGCCGGGGGGAGGGGGCGCCGGUUCGACUCCUCUUCCUUUCAUGGGGGAGACACGGGCUCUCCCCCGGCUGGCGGGGCUGGGGGGAGGGGGCGCCGGUUCGACUCCUCUUCCCUUCAUGGGGGAGACGCGGGGCCGGGGGGAGGGGGUGCUGGGUCCACCUCCCUGCCCUUCGUGGGCGAGACACGGGUACGUUUCACAAGGUUUGGUUGAGUGGGAGUUGAAGCCUCUAAACUUCCAAAUCUCUCCCCCGGUUGGCGGGGCCGCGGGGGGGAGAGUGGGUGCUGGGUCGACUCCUCUUCCCUUCAUGGGGGAGACACGGAGAGGGGGAGGGGGUGCUGGGUCGACUCCUCUUCCCUUCAUGGGCGAGACACGGAGAGGGGGAGGGGGUGCUGGGUCCACUCCUCUUCCCUUCAUGGGGGAGACACGGAGAGGGGGAGGGGGUGCUGGGUCGACUCCUCUUCCCUUCAUGGGCGAGACACGGAGAGGGGGAGGGGGCGCCGGGUCCACUCCUCUUCCCUUCAUGGGGGAGACACGGAGAGGGGGAGGGGGCGCCGGGUCCACUCCGCUGCCCUUCAUGGGGGAGACACGGAGAGGGGGAGGGGGCGCCGGGUCCACUCCGCUGCCCUUCAUGGGGGAGACACGGAGAGGGGGAGGGGGUGCUGGGUCCACUCCUCUUCCCUUCAUGGGGGAGACACGGAGAGGGGGAGGGGGCGCCGGGUCCACUCCUCUUCCCUUCAUGGGGGAGACACGGAGAGGGGGAGGGGGCGCCGGGUCCACUCCGCUGCCCUUCAUGGGGGAGACACGGAGAGGGGGAGGGGGCGCCGGGUCCACUCCGCUGCCCUUCAUGGGGGAGACACGGAGAGGGGGAGGGGGCGCCGGGUCCACUCCGCUGCCCUUCAUGGGGGAGACACGGAGAGGGGGAGGGGGCGCCGGGUCCACUCCUCUUCCCUUCAUGGGGGAGACACGGAGAGGGGGAGGGGGCGCCGGGUCCACUCCGCUGCCCUUCAUGGGGGAGACACGGAGAGGGGGAGGGGGUGCUGGGUCCACUCCUCUUCCCUUCAUGGGGGAGACACGGAGAGGGGGAGGGGGUGCUGGGUCCACUCCUCUUCCCUUCAUGGGGGAGACACGGAGAGGGGGAGGGGGCGCCGGGUCCACUCCGCUGCCCUUCAUGGGGGAGACACGGAGAGGGGGAGGGGGCGCCGGGUCCACUCCUCUUCCCUUCAUGGGGGAGACACGGAGAGGGGGAGGGGGCGCCGGGUCCACUCCGCUGCCCUUCAUGGGGGAGACACGGAGAGGGGGAGGGGGUGCUGGGUCGACUCCUCUUCCCUUCGUGGGCGAGACACGGAGAGGGGGAGGGGGUGCUGGGUCGACUCCUCUUCCCUUCAUGGGCGAGACACGGAGAGGGGGAGGGGGUGCUGGGUCGACUCCUCUUCCCUUCAUGGGCGAGACACGGAGAGGGGGAGGGGGUGCUGGGUCCACUCCUCUUCCCUUCAUGGGGGAGACACGGAGAGGGGGAGGGGGUGCUGGGUCCACUCCUCUUCCCUUCAUGGGGGAGACACGGAGAGGGGGAGGGGGCGCCGGGUCCACUCCGCUGCCCUUCAUGGGGGAGACACGGAGAGGGGGAGGGGGCGCCGGGUCCACUCCUCUUCCCUUCAUGGGGGAGACACGGAGAGGGGGAGGGGGCGCCGGGUCCACUCCGCUGCCCUUCAUGGGGGAGACACGGAGAGGGGGAGGGGGUGCUGGGUCGACUCCUCUUCCCUUCGUGGGCGAGACACGGAGAGGGGGAGGGGGUGCUGGGUCGACUCCUCUUCCCUUCAUGGGCGAGACACGGAGAGGGGGAGGGGGUGCUGGGUCGACUCCUCUUCCCUUCAUGGGCGAGACACGGAGAGGGGGAGGGGGUGCUGGGUCCACUCCUCUUCCCUUCAUGGGGGAGACACGGAGAGGGGGAGGGGGUGCUGGGUCCACUCCUCUUCCCUUCAUGGGGGAGACACGGAGAGGGGGAGGGGGCGCCGGGUCCACUCCGCUGCCCUUCAUGGGGGAGACACGGAGAGGGGGAGGGGGUGCUGGGUCCACUCCUCUUCCCUUCAUGGGGGAGACACGGAGAGGGGGAGGGGGCGCCGGGUCCACUCCUCUUCCCUUCAUGGGGGAGACACGGAGAGGGGGAGGGGGCGCCGGGUCCACUCCGCUGCCCUUCAUGGGGGAGACACGGAGAGGGGGAGGGGGCACCGGGUCCACUCCGCUGCCCUUCAUGGGGGAGACACGGAGAGGGGGAGGGGGUGCUGGGUCCACUCCGCUUCCCUUCAUGGGGGAGACACGGAGAGGGGGAGGGGGCGCCGGGUCCACUCCGCUGCCCUUCAUGGGGGAGACACGGAGAGGGGGAGGGGGCGCCGGGUCCACUCCGCUGCCCUUCAUGGGGGAGACACGGAGAGGGGGAGGGGGUGCUGGGUCCACUCCUCUUCCCUUCAUGGGGGAGACACGGAGAGGGGGAGGGGGCGCCGGGUCCACUCCGCUGCCCUUCAUGGGGGAGACACGGAGAGGGGGAGGGGGUGCUGGGUCCACUCCUCUUCCCUUCAUGGGGGAGACACGGAGAGGGGGAGGGGGCGCCGGGUCCACUCCGCUGCCCUUCAUGGGGGAGACACGGAGAGGGGGAGGGGGCGCCGGGUCCACUCCGCUGCCCUUCAUGGGGGAGACACGGAGAGGGGGAGGGGGCGCCGGGUCCACUCCGCUGCCCUUCAUGGGGGAGACACGGAGAGGGGGAGGGGGCGCCGGGUCCACUCCGCUGCCCUUCAUGGGGGAGACACGGAGAGGGGGAGGGGGUGCUGGGUCCACUCCUCUUCCCUUCAUGGGGGAGACACGGAGAGGGGGAGGGGGCGCCGGGUCCACUCCGCUGCCCUUCAUGGGGGAGACACGGAGAGGGGGAGGGGGCGCCGGGUCCACUCCUCUUCCCUUCAUGGGGGAGACACGGAGAGGGGGAGGGGGCGCCGGGUCCACUCCGCUGCCCUUCAUGGGGGAGACACGGAGAGGGGGAGGGGGCGCCGGGUCCACUCCGCUGCCCUUCAUGGGGGAGACACGGAGAGGGGGAGGGGGCGUCGGGUCCACUCCGCUGCCCUUCAUGGGGGAGACACGGAGAGGGGGAGGGGGCGCCGGGUCCACUCCGCUGCCCUUCAUGGGGGAGACACGGAGAGGGGGAGGGGGCGCCGGGUCCACUCCGCUGCCCUUCAUGGGGGAGACACGGAGAGGGGGAGGGGGCGCCGGGUCCACUCCGCUGCCCUUCAUGGGGGAGACACGG